CAUCAGCUUUGGUUAAAAAACAUCUGUUUUUCAGGCUGACGGAGAGCAGUCUGUGCGUCGGACGUUUAGCAGACAGCAAUGUCAGGGCAGCGUGUGUGCGUCUUGGACUUUGAGGAGGAGGCCAGAAAAAUUCUCCCUAAAGCCGUGUACGACUACUACCGCUCAGGAGCUGAUGGGCAAAACACACUGGCUGACAAUGUGGCUGCCUUUAACAGGUGGUAUCUUAUUCCUCGAGUGUUGAGAGAUGUGUCCACAGUGGAUCUGUCUGUUUCUGUAAUGGGUCAGAAACUCAGCAUGCCUCUCUGUGUUGGAGCCACGGCUAUGCAGAGGAUGGCGCAUCCUGCAGGAGAGACUGCUACAGCAAGAGCAUGCAAAGCGGUGGGAACAGCCAUGAUGCUGAGCUCCUGGGCCACCUCCACCAUCGAGGAAGUGAUGUCAGCGAUGACAACCUCCCCGGGCAGUGAGGGUGUCCUCUGGAUGCAGCUUUACAUCUACAAGGACAGAGAGCUCACGCUCUCGUUGGUGCACCGGGCGGAGAAGGCAGGCUAUAAGGCUAUCUUUGUUACCGUGGAUACGCCAUACCUGGGGAAGAGGUUGGAUGAUGUGCGCAACCGCUUUAAAAUGCCCCCACACUUGAGCAUGUCAAACUUCUCCACAGCCUCCCUGGCCUUCUCUGAGGAUGACUAUGGUAACGACAGCGGUUUGGCUGUGUACGUUGCAAACGCUAUCGAGCCUGCUCUCAGCUGGGACGACAUCACCUGGCUGAAGAAGCAAACAUGCCUACCUGUGAUCGUGAAAGGCGUGCUAAAUGGUGAAGAUGCCGUCCAGGCUGUGAACUACGGUAUCAACGGCAUCCUGGUGUCCAAUCAUGGAGCUCGACAGCUGGACGGGGUUCCUGCUACGCUGGAUGUGCUGGAGGAGGUAGUGAAGGCGGUGCAGGGUCGCUGUGAUGUCUACAUGGAUGGAGGAGUGAGACGAGGGACCGACGUCCUGAAGGCCCUUGCUCUUGGAGCAAAGGCGGUCUUCGUUGGCCGACCUGUGCUGUGGGGCCUCGCCUGUCAGGGAGAAGAAGGAGUUAUUGAGCUUCUGGAACUUCUAAAAGAUGAGCUGCGACUGGCUGUGGCCCUGUCAGGUUGUCGUUCUGUAUCUGAGGUGAGCAGGUCCUUGGUCAGAAGAGCGGACUUCGCCUCUAGGAUGUGAGAGAAAAAUCACACACAGGGUUUUUAAAUACUUUCUCCCUUUUGUGCUGAGAAGUUUACUAAAUGCUACAUCUGGUGUUUUUUUUAAAUAUACAUAAACAAAUCCAGUGUCAGACUGCGGCGUCACACCCAUUAAAAGGAAGGUCUUUACUGUUGAUGUACCUGUGAGACUGCUUUUGUUGUUCAUUAGCCUGCAACAUCCAACAUCCUGUUGGUAAAAACUGUAGAUGUCUUAUAAACACUUGUAGAAUAAAUCAGAGCACAGAAAGAAAUAUUCCUGCUUGACUCUUCUGUCCCCAUCACACCAACACAUCAGCUCUGACUGCAGAUGCUAAAAUCCACUGGUGACAACCUGCUGCUCCAUUUUUCUUACCAGGAUAUAGUUAAGUUAUUAGUAAAAGAAAAGGCUUGACUAAUAAUCACAAAAACAAAUUAAUACAUUAGCACAGUUAAGUUUUUAGGGUCAUUUUUGAUAAUAAACUGGAACUCUUGCAUACAUUAGGACUAAAUCUAUUGCACUACUGUACAAAGUAAAGGACUUACUGUGUCAAAAUAUCACUUCCAUUUUAUACAACUAUAAAAUAUAUAGAACAAUACGUUAUAUUUUCCAUAUAUAUACGGGGAUUUGGGAAAACAGUUAUACAAAAACAAAUCCUGCCUUUUUAUUGCAAAAGAAAGCCAUACUAUAGUUUGCUUAAGGAAAAAAGUAAACCAACAAAUCCAUUAUUUAUCCAGUCACUCACCCUGAAAAUUAGAGAUUUCGUAGAUUACAACACAAUUCAAAGUAUGUAUGAU